GAGAGGUGUCCUAAGUGUGUUUUUCUUUCUUGAGCAGCGGGUACAAAUAUCGUGUCUUGGCUUGGAUGAUGUUGUUGGUCUAUUGCCGGGGGGCCUUGCUCGGAUGGGAUGUUAUGCGAUGCCGAAUGUUUAUACCAUCACAGUACCGCUACUACUACAGUAGGCGGACUGCUAUGCUUCUUGUCAUCUACUUUGUUGGCUAGAUAUGGGAGCUGGGAGAAUGCACAUCACCCUUGCAUACGUGAAGCGGAUGGAUGGUGCUCGAGUCUGGUGUUCUCCAUGGUGCGGCUUUCUGUUUCUUAUGUGAGUCUUUACGAGUUGGCAAGCCCCUUCGCGAUGACCCCGAUGGGCUUGGUUUACUCGAUGUGUUGGCGUUACAACAUGCUCUUACUUUUGUUUCUGGGGUACUCGGGCUGUGGGUAUAGUCUGUUCUUCGAGUCCUUCAGAUACGGCGAUUGCCUGGUUCGGAUUAGAUCGAGGUUCUGGAUACGUGCUACAUCACACUGGACGCCUUGUAGUUAACCGGUGAAGCUGACCCCGUGUUGUCGACGACGCUGCUCAAUUUCGGGUGCCAACACCAUUGGCCCAAGCCAACCCUGCCGCCUUGGUGGAUCUGAGCUUCAGGGCCGCUACUGCCGGCCCCGGAUUCCGUUCACGAAUCACCAGAGUGUGUUGAGCUGCGGCUGAGCGCCACUUCCGACAGGGCUACCCAACUUUCCUGCGGUCUUGCCAGGGCCCAAGCGGCCUGUGCCGUGGUGCUGGCUCAGAAGCCAUGGAAAGCGACAGAGGACGAGAGUCUUCUGGCUCUGGAGACAUUC